GGCUGCAGGAGGACUCGGUCGCCGACCUGCUGGACGCCGAGCCCAGCGCCGACGCUCUCCACCGGCUGCUGGAGCGCACCCAGGGCCAGGGCCUCUCCUGCGGACCGUCGCAGAAUGGUCUGAGUGUGCAGCGUGGCCUGCAGGCAAUGUCGGCCGGCCAGCCUCUGGAGGCGCUCCACUGCCUGGCCGAGUGCCACUCCACCACGCUGCGCCACUACAUGAUCCUGAAGAGCUCCUGCCGACUGGCUCAAAUGGAGAUGAAGUCGGGCCGGCGGGUGGAGGACUGGCCGGCCGGCACGCAGGAGGCGCUGCUGGACGCGCGCCGCCGCCUGCUGCAGUACCGGCCGUCGCCGCGCCGCCGGGAGGAGAUGCUCGAGCUCAUCAGCCAGGUGCCGCCCGAUUGGACCGUGGUUCAGCUGACGGCGGUGCCGCGCGCGCGCACGCGGGUGGCGCGCCUGGAUACGCCCGAGCUGGUGGUGGCGCGCUUCGUCGGCGGCCGGCCCGACUCGCUGCUUCUGGCGCGUGUGCCGGCGCCGGCCGCCGACCACUGCAGCACGUUCCGCUCCGAGUUCGAGGCGAUUCUGGCCGACAACGCCUCCAUCCAGCGCAGCCUCUUCAACGAUCGCCAGAAGUACUGGACGCAGCGCGGCCUGCUCGACGACCGCAUGAAGGCGAUCGUGCGCAGCAUGGAGGUGGCCUGGUUGGGCCGCCAGGCGUACCUGGUGUCGGGCGAGCCCGUCUGCCCCCGACAGUGA